CGCGAUAACGUGGUUUUCCCGCUCUUAUCGGGUUUCUAUUUCUAUUUUCUAACUUAUCCAGUUGUGCUAUUCUUUUCUUCUUAUUUUCCCUUGUUUCACAAUUAACUGUUAACGAUUAUUUUGUUAUGCAAGUUUUGAACGCGUUGUUUGCCGGGUAUUUGAUAUAAAUUUUCAAAUUAUCGAGGAUACUUAAAGUAUAUUCGAAAUGAGUCUCUGGGUGGACAAAUACAGGCCUACUUCUUUGCAGAAGUUGGAUUACCAUUUGAAACAAGCGCAACACCUUAAAAACCUGGUAAAUCAAGGUGACUUUCCUCAUCUUCUUUUCUACGGUCCUUCCGGUUCGGGUAAAAAGACAAGGAUCAUGGCACUUUUGAAAGAAUUGUACGGCCCUGGCGUUGAAAGACUUAGGAUGGAAAAGCUCAGUUUCACAACACCUUCGAACAAAAAGCUAGAUAUAAUCACAGUUGCUAGCAACUAUCAUAUCGAGGUGAAUCCAAGCGAUGCUGGAAUUUAUGAUAGGAUAGUCAUAAUGGAGUUGAUCAAAAACUCUGCACAAACCCAUCAGUUGGAGCCAAAUGGACAGAGAGACUUUAAAGUGAUACUUCUGACUGAAGUCGACAGGCUUACAAAAGAAGCCCAACACGCAUUGAGAAGGACUAUGGAAAAAUAUGUUGCUACUUGCCGGCUAAUCCUCUGUGCCAACUCAAUCUCUCAGGUCAUAGCACCGAUCAAAUCGAGAUGCCUAGCUGUCCGAGUUUCAGCGCCGACAGUCCCUCAGAUAUCUGCUGUCUUACAGAGCAUUGGUAAAAAAGAGGGUCUUACCGUGCCAAAUGAAUUGGUGCAAAAGAUUGCCGAAAAGUGUGAAAGGAACUUGAGAAGGGCGAUUCUCAUGCUUGAAACGUGCAAAGUUAAUCAAUAUCCAUUUGAAGCAGACCAAGAGGUGAUGGAGCCUGAUUGGCAAGUGUAUCUGCGUGACACGGCGAAGCUGAUCCUUUCUGAACAGAACACGAAAAAGCUGAUGGAUGUCAGGACUAGGAUCUACGAGCUUCUUGUGCAUGGGAUCCCUACCGAUAUAAUUUUUAAGGGACUGCUUAAAGAACUGGGCAAAAGUUGCGACAUGCAGUUAAAAACCAAGAUUGCAGAGCUGGCGGCGCAGUACGAGUACCAGAUGCACCUCGGUUCCAAAGUGAUAUUCCACAUUGAGGCUUUCAUCGCCAACUUCAUGGCCCUGUACUUAACCUAUUUGGAAGAAAGUGUCGGUAAUUUGUUUUAAAACCAGUUUUUUUACAAAUAUUAAAAAAUUCCAAGUGAUAGUGAUAUUUAACAACGGAACAAUCGUGAUUAUUAGAAUAAUUUUCCAUACUGAGACCAUAUUUAAGAAAUUGCAUUAUCCAUUUAUGUGUAAAUAAGUAUAAAACCAUAACUACAUUUAAUUACGGCUUAUUAGCACUUUAAAAUCACCUUUCUCCAUUUUUUAUUGUUCAAAACACAUCAAUCGUUGUGAUCAGUCAUGCUGUGUACAAGUUGAGUAGCAUGAAAAAAAUUAUAAUCCAUUGGUAAUAAAUAUAAUUUUUUUUAAAUUGAUGGUAACUUUCAUCGUUUGUUUUCUGAACACAAUUUUUUUUCAAUGUGAUGCUUUUUUGGUUGGUCUGCAAGCUGGACAUUGCAGCUGUGGUUUGAUCUCUUCUUCAAACACUUGCAACCAUGAUAAUUGUAGUUUUACUUCUCCAAAGAAAUCUAGAAUAACCACAAUAAUAUACAUAAAAUAAAAUUCUUCCAUGAUUAAAUUGGCUGGUAUAACAUUAAUUAAUAUCUGGGCGAUUAUUAUUUUUGUGUAGUACGCCUGUACUCAAUUAUUGCACUAUAUUUACAACUUGUACGCAAAUGUUUAUAAAUAUGAAAUAAUUGUUAAUAAAAAGCUUUUCAGUAUGGUUCGACUGA